UCUUGCUCACUCCCUGGGGGCUUAUUUCUCUCUCUUCGUUCAAAGUGACCUGGAAAUUUGGAUUUCAGAGGCGCUGUCGCGAGUAGGCCUGCUUUUCAGUUCAAAAGCCCAAAACGGAAACACAAGGGGAAACUAUUUGACAACAAAAUCAGAUAUCUCAUUUUCGUUUUGCAAAUCCGAAAGAUCUUAGCGUUAGGGUUCGGAUUUUUCAAUCCUUCGUUGCAUUUCUGUCAUCACUGUCUUCUUCGUCGUCUAUUUGUCUGUCUCACCACUGUCGCCUGAAUCUCACCUGCUUUGAUGGCGUUCUGAUAGUUGUACGUCUUACGAGGUAAGAAUGAAGAGAUUUUUCGAGGUGGCGUACAGCUUUAUGUUUGGUUGGCGAGAAAAUACGAGCAAAUGGAAGAAGAAUCUUGAGUAUCAUGUUCAAUUUUUUUUUCCUGUUUUCCUGCUGUCAUAUGUAUCUAUAAUUAAUAUCUUUUAGUACAUUUUCUCUGCAUCGAAAUGGAGCAUUGUUUUCGUUAAAAUCCCUUUCCCCUCAUUCCUCUGAUUUGAUUUGGAAUUGCUCAAUGUGAAGCUGUUAAUCUGUUUUAGGAUAUUUUUUUUUAUGCGGUUGGUGUGGAGAUUUUUUUUUGGUGGAAUCUGUGUGUUUUGGGGAAUCUAGGCAUUUGAUCUUAAGGAUCUAGUGGAAUAUAUUCGUUUUGCUUCCAUUUAGCGAAGGUGUUCGGCGUAAUUUGAUUUUUUUUCCCCCAAUUCUCGACGUUCUAGUUGAGGAAAAUAGCGUUGAUUCAGCUCAGCUCAAUGCAAUCAUUUUUUUAUGAGAAGAUAAUUGGUGUGCCAUGGAUGCUGAUGGUAGUAUUCCUGCUAAUGGGAGUAAUGAAGAUCACCAAAAUGGUGUUCAUGAGCAACUUUCUGACGUUGGACAGGAAGCCCUGAUUUCGGAGAAAGUAAAUGCCAGUACUGACGGAACUACAGAGACUGCAGGGCCAAAUGGGAAGUUAGAAGCCAUUGUCAAGUCAGAUGGCAGUGCACAAGUUAACUCCCCUACAGGGGAAGUUGGAGAAGAAUCAAACAUCAACACAGACAACAAGAGUUCAACUGUACCUAAGGAAGAGGGAGGGAAGGAUGCCUGUAACUUAGUGAAUCCCAAACAGAAGAAGGGUCAAGGGGGGAGCAAGAAUGAGAAGCCUAAUGCUGCGGGUUUGGUGAAGAAGAGCAAAGAUGGAAAAGAUGCAGAGAGAACUUCUGUUGUUAAUGGUACUUUUGCUGCAAAUUCACGUGCCAAGCUGCCCUUUAAAAGUAGAUCAUUCAAUGACAGGCAGCCGACUGGAAGUAUUGCCAGUAUUGAUUCGAGCAAGCCCAGGAAAACAACAUCCACACCAAGUAAUGCUCAUCCAUUCAAGCCUGAUGGAGCAUCAUCUACCACAAGUGUGACUCAGUCUGAAGGCCUAAUGGACAAGCCAAAUUUGAAGCCUCUGAAUAAAAGGGCCCCUAAUAAGGCUGAGGGAAAUGCACAAUCUUCUUUAAGUCCCACAGCUGCAGAUGCCAAACCCCGCAGAGUGGGUGCACUUCCAUCUUAUAGUUUCAGUUUUAAAUGCGAUGAACGAGCUGAGAAAAGAAGAGAGUUUUAUUCUAAACUUGAGGAAAAGAUUCAAGCAAAGGAAGUAGAAAAGACUACGUUGCAAGCCAAGUCAAAGGAAACUCAAGAAGCUGAGAUCAAGAUGCUUAGGAAGAGUUUGACUUUCAAAGCAACGCCCAUGCCAAGCUUCUAUCAGGAACCACCACCUCCUAAGACAGAGUUGAAGAAGAUACCAACUACAAGGGCCAAAUCUCCCAAGCUUGGUCGAAAAAAAGGCUCACCCACAGCAGAUUCUGAAGAAAACAAUGCUCGCACUAGCAAAUCAGGACGCUUGAGCUUGGAUGAGAAAUUGUCUCAGAAUAAUCCUGCCAAAGGAAAUGCCCCUGCCCAACCAAGUAAACCACUGCGGAAGUCCCUUCCCAAACUGCCUUCUGAAAAGACCAAAUUAUCCAAUGCAACAAACGAGCAUCCAUCUUCUACCCAGGGAGCAGCAGUUCCAACCACUGAGCUAGGUGAAAGUGAACCUGUCACGGAUGAUGGAGGAGUGGUUGAAAAGCAUGCAGAACCCACUUUGGCGCUGGAACCUGUGGCUACAUUGGAGCAUUGAACACUGGAAUUGGAAUUAAUCUUGCAUUUAUGGAGCGCUCAACUCCAUUUCGCCUAUAAUAAGGGAGGUAUGAACAAGAUUUAAAUUAUUUAAUGGUGAAGCCUUGAAGGGUUUUUUGAGUUAUGGGUUAAUGUCAACUUGUGCAUAGUCACUUGCAAGGUUUGGUUGCUUUGUGUGCCUGCUUUGAAGAUUGCUGAUGAUCUGGUCAUUUGGUUUCUACAUUGUCCGCAGCACUGUUUGCUCCCGUUGUCAGGUUGUCCCCUAUUUAUAUUUUGCUUUAGUUAGUUGCCUGGUUAUUAAAAAUUGGGAAAAAAUUUUUGGGAAAAAAUUGCAGUUAGAUAGUUCAUGGUCAAAAUGUUUGGCUGUUGUCUGAUGAACUGUUGGUUAUUUUGUUAAGGCUGAUGCUGUGUUAAUAUAUGUUUAUGAGUUGUUUCAGUUGUCUCAA